AUGGGAAGGUCAAAGACGACAUCAGCGCAGAGGAGCACAGGAGAAAAUGUGCUUGCUAAUCUCUGCCCUCCAACUUGCAUAGAAAAACUUGAAAUCAAAGGCUACUUUGCACGUGAGCUACCACAAUGGAUGAGAACAAUGUCAGCCUUUGGGAGUCUAAGGCGGAUGGUGCUAGAGGACUACGCAUGCUGCACGCAACUGCCUAAUGGAUUGGGGCAGCUCCCCUUUCUAGAUUGCUUUUGGAUCAAGCGUGCUCCGUCCGUCCAGUGUAUUGGGCAUGAAUUCCUCCUCCCCUCCUUGAGUGAUGAUUAUGUUGGCAAGGAUGGGACAUCGGGGAUGACAGGAUCACAGAACAAAAGAAGGCAGGCACAUCAUAUUCCAGGUGGUGCUGGUGUGGCAUUUCCCAAGCUGGUAACCCUGGGCUUCGAGGGCAUUUUGGGAUUGACAGAGUGGGAGUGGGAGCAGCAUAUCCCAGCGAUGCCUGUUCUAGAGAUGCUUCGUGUUCACGACUGUAAACUGCAAUGUCUUCCCACAGGACUUGCUCAUCAUGCACGCCAAUUGAGAGAAUUGAGGCUAAUAAAUAUCACACACUUGGUCUCUAUAGAGAACUUACCUUCAGUAGUCAAACUUUGGCCAUACAACAACCCAAUAAUAGAGAGGAUCAGCAACAACCCAAGCUUGCAAUGGAUUGACAUUAGCAGUUGCCCUGCACUAAAGGAAUUGAAUGGUUUGCCAUCCCUCCAAAGCCUCGGGUGGUGGGAUUUGGGUGCUGAAGCACUCCCACAAUACUUAAGAGAGACGAAGCUAAAUAAGUUGCACGUCGACUGCAGCCCAAGCUUGUUCAAACUGAUAGCAUUACAAGAUGAGUCCUCCGAGUGGGGUAAGAUCAAGCACGUUCAGCAACUAAAGGCAUAUGGAAAGACAUCAUCAGAAGAUAAGGUCGACCGACACAUCUACUACACCAAGGAGCCGUAUUCCUUCGACGUCGACUUGGGCAAGUCCACAGAUUCAGACGAAGAAGAAGAGAAUGAGUUGAGUGAAGAAGAAUAG